ACAUUGGUUUGCUUCCCUUUUUUGUUGUUUGUAUUUGGACGAAGCUGAUCUAUUAUCAUUCCAACGUUUUUAUGGGUGCUACACGUAUAUAAUAUCUGAAAAUUGAAAAAUCAAGACAAGUAUACCCUUUUUUAAAACUGAAUUUGAUUAUGCACGACAUGUUCCGACGUAUUAGUGCGAUUUUCAAAUGAGUGAAUUGAAUAAAUAGCAGCGACCAAUUCUGUCCAGCACAGUUUCCAAACAGUUUACAAGACAGUAUGUUGUUCAACCUCCUCAGAGAAAAACACAAAAUAAAGUUCCACUUGAUAAAGGUCCAUUCAAUUGGAAGAGCUUUGGUAUAGCUGCUGUCUUAGGUGGAGCUUUACUAGCCUACAUGUCCUACUUGAAGAAACAAAAGGAUACAGCUAUGCUGAAGGAGCGUAAAAGGCACCUAGGCAAGGCCGCUAUUGGUGGAGCAUUCGAACUAGUCAAUCAGGAUGGAAAAACUGUGAAAAGUUCUGAUUUCCUUGGCAAUUGGGUCCUCAUCUAUUUUGGAUUCUCUCACUGCCCUGACGUCUGUCCUGAAGAAAUGGAGAAAAUGGUCGAGAUUGUCAACAUUCUUGACAAGGAACAUCCUGAAAUCAAGCCAAUCGUUCCACUAUUUAUAACUGUGGAUCCUGCACGAGAUACUCCAGAGGUUGUGAAGAAGUACAUAGCAGAGUUUUCUCCGCGAAUUACUGGACUAACAGGCACGCCAGAACAGAUAAACAAGGCUUGCAAAGCUUACAGAGUGUACUUCAGUGCUGGACCACAGGAUGUUGAACAGGAUUACAUUGUUGAUCAUACAAUUAUUAUUUAUUUGGUGAGUCCUGAAGGCGAAUUUGUGGACUACUAUGGACAAACAAGAAGCCCGACAGAAAUAGUCAAUAGUAUAAUAAUCAAUCAGCUGAAGUACGAUGAAGUGACCGGCAACAACAAAUCUUGGUUGGCCAACCCAUUCACAAAAAGUUAGUUAAAACAUUAGGCACUGGUUAGUAGUGAGCGAUGGCACUGAUCAGCGAGUGUAGUGAUCGCAAGUUUGAAAGUGAUUGAGUGCUAUGAAAGUGUAGGCGAGACACAGUGUUGCUUAGAUGUGAAAAUGAAUUUACAAUUUUUCCAAGAUAAGUAUCUUCACUUUUACGUUGUUAUUAAUAUUGAACCGUUAACCUUGUAUAUUAAUUAACAAUAAAGACCUAUUGAAACUUACAAAACCACA